GGUGGGGGAAGAUGGAUUCUAGAAAAUUCCACCCAAGCAACAGUGUUUGAUGAACAUUUUUUAAAAUUCACAUUAUUGUAUUUUUUAUAACAGAUUUAUUUUAUAUUGACUAUAAAACUGAAAAUACCGUCACAUAAUUACGCAAUGUUUACAUAUUGUUUACUUUAUUUAUAUAUAGUUGUUUCUUCGAGUUGUCUAACACUAAUAAAUGCGUUAGUACUGUUAAACACUAGUCUCUCGAGAGAUCGUCUUAUAUCGCGAGAUGUCUGUGUUUGGGGGAGUGAAUGAACUCGUAUUUAGAAAGAAAAAAACACACUGUGCUUGAGUCGAAUGAUUGUGCAUUUAUUUCCUACAAAGAAAAGUAGAACAGCUCGAAUAGCUCGUGCUUGAUACAGAUAACAGAUCCUGAACUUUUCAUCUGAACAAAUGGCGAUCGAAAACCUGCUUCCAGCCAACUUUGGCUAUGCAAUUUUUACAUAUUUGUACAGUUUUGUCAUGUUGAUGUAUCUCGGGUUCCAAGUUGGAAGUGCACGGAAGAAGUAUGGAGUAAAGUAUCCCACCAUGUACAGUGAUAAGGAGCAAGUGUUCAACUGUAUCCAGAGAGCUCAUCAGAACACACUGGAGGUGUAUCCACAGUGGCUGGUGUUCCAGACUAUUGCUGCAUUGGAGUAUCCUAUUGCCGCCUCUGUGUUAGGAGUCAUCUGGGUUACGAGCAAGUUCUCUUAUGCCUGGGGUUAUUACACUGGUGAUCCUGCUAAGAGGAUGCGUGGUGUAUAUGGAUAUAUCGGGCUUUUUGGAGUCAUUCUGCUUUCCAUCUCUGUUGCUCUGAAACUGCUUGGAGUCCUUUAAGGGAAACACCACUGAGAAAAUACGGCAUAAAACCAAUUCUUGGCACUUAAUGUAGUUGUCAGUGAUUUUCACGUUUUUACUCUCUUGUUUUAAUUACAUUACUCCUUCCUGAAUAUUUUAUAUAGUAUGAACUAUUUCAUCAAAUGUAAUCCACUUGUUAGCCUUUUAUACACAUUCUUUACACAGCUUUCCUUACAUUUAAAUUAGGGUGACCACAUAAUCAUUGCAUGAUUGUGUUUAUGUUCAGAUGACCUGGGUUUAAAUACAGCUUUUGUACAGAGCACUUCAGGUGUAAAUCUGUGAAUGGGAACAUUUCAAAUACUGUGCUGAUUUGAUUAGGAUGUAUAGUCACCCUAUGUUAUUUCAUUAAAUUCAGACGAAUGAAUAAAAUGUCUGUAAGAUUCGAUCAAA